AUGACGACUUCCUUGCUCAAGAUCUGCCAGCUGCUGCUGCUCCUCAGCAGCUACCAAGCCCACUUCAUCGCCGCAAAGUCCCAAUGGGAUGUACGCGCGGCAGUGAGCCCUGAUACUAGCUCAAACGUAAAACCAGCCAAUGCCGCGCCCGCGGGCAUCGGUGCUUCUGCUUCAAUUGCGACUAAUAGCAAUACCAACGACUUCCUGCCGUUCUUCAUGAUGGAUCUCGGGCCAUUCGACUCCAACGGCGAGCCCAUCAAAUACAGUAACUUUGGAGCGGCAUACGCGCCUGGCCGCGCGGAAAAGGACACAAAGUGCGUCGUUGAUUCAUGCAGGCAGCAAAUGAAGGGGCAGCCUCAGCCCCAGUCUGGGCCUCAGGGUGCAGGCAUCUCCCCUGCUCAGCCACAGAAGCAGGAGGAUGCAGUGGCUGGGAACCAGGACGCAGCCCUAGCUGGUGCAGCAUCCCGAGCAAGCUCCCAAGCCCUGGCCACGCACAGACUCAAGGGUGCUGCCAAAGCUGGUGCAAAAGCAAAAUCGAAGGCUCCUUCUGGCGGCUCGCUGAACGCACAUACACAAGUUCCGGGCACUGCUCCUGCUGGUGCUGCCCUGGUCGGGUCCCACGUCCUAGCCACCUAUGGGGUUUACGGACAACAAAAUGCCGGCACAAUGAUAAACACAAACCCAAACGCACGAGGCCCCGGCAAUGCAAAUGCACACGGUGGCGCAACGGCAUCUGGCCCGCGUGUCCUCGCCAGUUACGGUCUGAAAGGACAGGCAAGCAAGGGCAACGGCAACGGCAAGGGUAAGGGCAGCGGCAAGAGUAAGGGUAAGGGUAAGGGCACCAGUAGCGGCAUGAACGUGGCCGGUAAUGCUGUUGGGACGAACAAGAUUGUUCAGGCUGCGGCGGUGGGUGCCGGCGGCACCAGCGCUGGCGGAGCUGCUGGUGCGGGCAUGGCGAUCGCGGCUCAACACCAGCAGCAGAAGCAGUUCGAGCUCUGGCACAGAUGCCAGCGCGCAGGCCCUUCAGAGGAGGAAACAAAAGCAGAGUCAACUGGUGGCGCAGUCAUGGGCGGCACGUAUGCUCAAUCACAGUCGGGCACUGGGGCAUCGUCAGGCUCAGGAUCCCGCGCUGGCAGCCCCAGAAACUCACCCUCAAGCUCCUCUUCAUCCCCUUCAAUAGGCAUGCAUGAACUCAACACCGUGUUCAAGUCUGGCUACGAAGCCGGUCUGCGCGCCGCCGCCAAGCUCACGAGCGACUCUUCCGGGGUUUCGGGUGCUUCCUCCAGUUCCAGCCCAUUCUCCGGCGCUGGCUCAUUGCCCCAUGCAACAUCGGCAUCGACAAGAUCAUCCGGGUCACAGGCAGGCUCGACACACGGCUCGUCAGGAGCUGCUAGCGGCGGAGAACAUCCUGUAUCGAGUGGACAUUCGUCGCUGGCAGCGAACGGUGGACUUACCGUCGAAGACGCUGACGAAGACGACGAGGAUGAAAACACGCCCGCCUACAACGCCGCCCUAGCCCUAGCGGCAGUUCCGCAUCCGCGUCGUCUCAAGCAGGCGUGCUGGCCUUCUAAGGCGCAGCUGCGGAUUGGCUCCAAUGGAUCCGGCGGCUCGUAUAUUGGUGCUGCUCACGGUGGUGUAAACAGUUGCAACAUAGGUGCGGCAAGCAGCGUCCAAAACAGCAGUGGUAAUUCCAGCAGCAACAUGCCAGCGCAAUCCUCCAAUCUUCCGGAAAAUUCUGGCAUAAGCGCCGCCACGAUGAAAUGGUUCCACAAGAUCUUCCGCAAGCCGCUCGCCGAUAUCUUACCGUUCUUGCUCGUUGACUUCGAGCGUCAGGGCUUGCUCAAGAAUCCGCACGAGGCGCAACCCUCCACAUCUCGUUCGGUACAGCACCGUGUCGCUGGCGCUGGCUUCAAAGCUCAGAUGCAGCAGAUGCAGAAGCGGUAUGUCCCGCAGCAAUACCCGAUGAAGAUGAGAGGUAAGGCGGAUAAAGGUAAAGGAAAGGGACAGAAGGCCAAAGGCACAAGCGUGACUCAAGGAGCACGGGGUUCUGGUGGAGCGCCUGUCGCUGCUGCGUUGCCAGCAGCAGCAGCAACAGCCGAGGUUGAGAGUGCACAGGGAAGCAUGGCCUAUUUAACAACGGAAGAUAUGACCGCUGAAAAUGGCUGGACCGUUCUCCAAGGGAAACAAGCCUUCGUGCCUGGGUCUGGCAAGGCGCCAGGUGGCACCGCCAAUGUUGUGAUCGAUCUGCAAAAGACGUACCAACGCAUGGAUGGAGCAGGGGUAGCACUUACCGAUGCGGCCGCUCAGGUUCUGCAAGGCCUCAAGGAAUAUAAUCCGCAGAACUACCAGCAUGCGCUGCAGGACAUUUUUGCUGGUCCGACUGGCCUCACCAUCCUGCGUAUCCCGAUCGGUGCCACAGACUUUAGCAGUGAUCCAGCUUAUUCGCUUGCCGACCAGCCGCUUUUAAGCGGCAUGGCAAAGAUCAGCUCGGUUUUUACAUUCGGUAUUGUCCACUCCACCAUCAUGCCCGUCUUGCAAGAUAUUCUGACGAUCAACCCCAGUGUUAAGAUCGUCCUGACCAGCUGGAGCGCUCCCGCCCUCAAGCAUGGUAUGCAAAAUCUGUACGCCGCGUACCUCGCCCAUGCCGUCGCCUCAUACCAGAAGGCAGGUAUCGUACCAUGGGCGCUGACUGUGCAAAACGAGCCGGCGUUCCAGGGCUCGUACCCGAGCAUGAUCGUACAGCCGCAAGAAGAGAACCAAAUCGCUGGCGCGCUGCGCCGCCUGCUGCCCGAAGGCGUCAAGCUGCUCGUACACGACCACAUCUUUAACUAUCCGCAGAGCGCCACUGCAGCCGUGCUUACGAGCCCAGCCAAUGUCGACGGCGUCGCGUGGCACUGCUACGCCGGCAACCCAGAGCAGAGCCAGCAGACGCAGCAGGCCUUGGCGAAAGCCGGACAGGGCAACAAGGAGUUCCACCUGACUGAAUGCAGUGCGACGGUUCCGAAUUCUGGCAUGUGGGAAGGGAUGAAGUGGUGGUUGGCCAAUCUAAUGUUCGGGCUGCCGCAGUACGGGGUGCAAUCGAUCGUUUCGUGGAACCUCGCCCUUGACCAGAAAAAUGGCCCGCUCCUCAAGACGGCGCCGUGCAAGAAUUGUCAGGGUUUGCUGACCAUCAACGGGGCGCAGGUCAAGCGCAACUUUGUCUGGUUCUUCUCGCGCCACUUUGCGACGGCGACAUUCUGCAACGCGGUGCGCGUCGACUCGAAAGUGUCGCUACAGUCGGCCAAGUGUCUCUCAAGGCGCUAG